AUGCUUAAUGAUAUGCAAAUGAAAUCGAUAACAUUGGAACAAUUUAAUCAGUGUUUAACUAUUAUAAAUGAUUAUGAAAUUAAUGAUACAAUAGCUGAAAAAAUUAUUUCAUUAAUCAGUAUUCAACCAUCAAAUAAAUGUUUUGAUAAAUUAUACAAAUAUAUUAUAAAUCAUUGUUUUCCAGAAAAUAAUACAAUUGAAAAACCAUUUCAACAAUUAAUUAAAGAAAUAUUUGAAGAAAAUCAAAAUAAUAUAUCAGUUUUAGAUUCUAUUAGUAGAAAAGAAAAUAUACAAAAGCUUUUUCAAUCGAUUCAAUUAGUUUAUUCUCAAAAAUCUUCAUUAAUACAAACAACAUUAUCAAUAGAGAAUUGGAAUCAAGAUAAUAUAAAAGAAUGGAGUAAAGAAAUUAAAUCAAAUCAUAUAUGGGCCAAACGACAAGAAAAUUUAUCAGAAAUUAUUUCUGUUAUUCAACGUGCUAUUUAUUUAUAUAGUAACUACAAACUACGUCAUGUUCAAUUGUUAUCUGUUUUAUUAUUACUUAAUAGUAAUGAAAGAGAUCGUGGACGAUUAGCACAAAUUGCUACUGGUGAAGGAAAAUCGACGAUUAUUUCAAUAAUAGCUAUUAUUAAAGCAUUACAAGGUUUACAUGUUGAUAUUGUUACUAGUUCAACAACAUUAGCGCAACGUGAUACAGAAAAAUAUGUCAAAUUAUAUGAUAUGUUCAAUUUAACUGUAUCACACAAUGGUGAACAUAAUCAUAUCUAUAUAUCAGGUCCUAAAAAAUGCUAUGAACAGGGCUGCCCCGAUUUUCAAUUUGAUAUAUUACGAGAUGAAUUUAAUUUAUUAAAUACAAGAGCUAAACGAUCGUUUGAUGUUGUAAUUAUCGAUGAAGUAGAUAGUAUGUUAAUUGAUGAAAAUAAUAAAAUCGCUCGUCUAGCUGAUUAUAUAUUAGGUAUGGAAUUCUUAAAUCCUAUUCUAAAUGCUAUUUGGCAAGCUAUUAAUAAUCCAACAUUUGAAAAAAUUUUGAAUAAAUAUGCUAUUAUAUAUAAUAUUAAAUCAUUAAUUCUCGAUAAUAAUCCUCAAAUAACUGUUCCAAAACAUCUUCAAACAUUUGUUUUCUCUCAAUUAUCAUUAUGGAUUGAAAAUGCAUUAUUAGCUCGAGAUGAAUAUAAACUUGAUCAUCAUUAUAUGAUUAAAAUAGAUGAACAAAAUAUUAAUCGCAUAACACCUAUUGAUUAUUCAAAUACAGGUAUUAUUCAAUCAAGUACAAUGUUAAGUGAUGGUUUACACCAAUUUUUACAAUUAAAACAUCGAUUAAAAUUAACUCCAAUUAAUUUAACUACAAACUUUUUAUCUAAUAUUGGUUUUUUUGAUCGAUAUAAAAAUAAAAUCUAUGGUUUAACAGGUACUCUUGGUUCAAAUGAUGCAAAACAAUUACUUUGUAAUGCUUAUUCAGUUGAUACAAUUAUAAUUCCAAGAUAUAAAUCAUUAUGUCAUAUUAAAUUACCAACUAUUAUUGUCGAGAAUAAAAAGCAAUGGAUUGAUACUAUCGUACAAAGUUGUAUAAAAGAAGCAAAUAGAAAUCGUUCAGUUUUAAUUAUUUUAGAAACACGAAUCGAUGCAAAAAUUAUUUUUAAAGAACUUCGUAAACAAUAUUCACAUGGAAUCGUUAAAUUAUAUACAGAUAAUACAGAUAUAGGAGAAUCAAAUGUUAUCUAUAGUCAAGCAAAUAUUGGUGAUAUUAUUGUCGCAACGAAUUUAGCUGGUCGUGGUACAGAUUUAAAAAACUAG